CUCAUUUUGGGCUUUUGUCGUUUGUUUUAUAUUAAAACGAACGGCGCGACUGGCCCUAACUCUUCAACCCACCUUCUUCCCUUUGACAAAUCGUUUAAAAAGGCCUCUACAUCUCUUGCAACCUUUCCUCCACUCGUACUCUUUUUUUUGUUUUCCAUCUCUCCCCCCAUCCUUUCUACUACUACGCGAUGUUGUACAGAGAAAGACGAUCUUGGACAGCAGAGGAAGAUCAGCUUCUUCGUGAAGCCGUUAAUCGAGAGGAUCCCGGUAAUCCAACCCCUUCAAAAUGGCAUGCCAUCUCCAAGCACGUCCCCAACCGCACCAACAAAGACUGCAGGAAACGAUGGUUCGCAAAGAUGGCUUCCGAUGUGGUGAAAGGUGGAUGGUCUCCAGACGAAGAUGAGAGACUCGUAAAGGCGAUUGAGAAGUAUGGUACACGGUGGUCAAUGGUCGCGUCCUUGGUCCAAACACGAAACAGUGACCAAUGUGCGAAGCGCUGGACAGAUACCCUCAAUCCAACGAUUGAUCGUACAAGCUGGACACCGGAACAAGAUGGUCUCCUCGUUAACGCCGUCAAUGAACAUGGCAAACUGUGGACAAAGAUCGUCAAGACCUACUUCCCAGGUCGCACUGGCCUCUCAGCAAAGAAUCGAUACAACAGCAUUACACGAUUCAACCGUGACUCUUCCCGUACUCGAAGACGACCUUCCAGUGUCAGACGUAAAUCAGAGAGCGUUUCAUCAUGCUCAUCCAGCGUGUCCCCCGUAACCCCCUCUGCCCCCAUCCCCGACCUUCCCGGAGCACUCUACAACAGCCCCCAAUGCUCCAACUUUUCCAUCGACACCUCUUCAUGGUCUCCGACAUUCUCCGACUCUACCGACGAGUCAUCAUACAAAAGCAUGGCCUGCAACGAGCUCUUUCUCCCCAAAGACAUGAGCACCGGCGCCCCCCAUGGCCAUGGCCAUAGCCAUACUCAUACUCAUACUCAUACUCAUACUCAUGGUCAUAGCCAUGGUCACGGGCAUGUCUCAUAUCCCGUCUAUGACAUGCCGCCGCUCUCACAGUGUCCAACAUAUGACAUUGUUCCCGAUUCGGCAGCUAGCACGCCCUAUACCACAUCCAGCAGUCACGGUGGAUCACCUGUUCCCCCACACCAGAAUUCGAACCGACUCUCUGUCCACUUGCCUUCGUUAGCAACUGGGGGAGGAGGGCGUGUUAACCGUGCUUACGGAAGUGUCUCGUCAGACCACAGCAACAGUAGCAAUGGGCUUUGUCAAACGCCGUCAUCAGCUGCUGGGUAUUCAAGACCAGGAGGUCGGCCUUGGGAAACUGGCGGUGAUCCGGCGGCUAUACAUUGGGAGAAAGCUCGACAGCAUCCGCUGUAUUGAAGGGUCAUUUUUGCAUUAUAUAUAUUUCACAUAUUAUCUAGCUGCUAUUUGUACUACUACCCUUUUUUUUCCUUUACUUUUGUCUCGUGUUUUUCUAGAUAGAAUGUUUUAUAGCUUUUACGCGAAUUGAACCAUGACGGAAACUUGGAAAAAACUUUUUUAUCUUA